GGUGAAGGUGUGCUGGAUGGGGAAGUGGUCUAUGCUGACGUAGGAGCUGUUGAUGAAUGUCUCCUCUUGUGGACUGUGGUGAGGGAGUAGAUGGUGUGCAGUGAGUGAUUGUUGUCCAGGACACACAGUUUCCUGUAGGGAAGGAACACACACACUCAAUUCUAUAGCUGGAGCCUGAUUGUUUAUAGCCAGAUAGACUGUACUAAGCAAUAUGCAGUAUGCAAAUAAAUAUAGGUUUUUAUCCAAUUUGUUUCCAUACAUGCUCAAUGUGGACUCACUUCUUUUGAGACUCUGGAAGAAGUGAAUGGAUGAUGGGAAGAAAAGUGUGGGCGUUGAAACAAAAAAGUGGGCGUAUCUGAGAUUCAUACAAAUUAAUGUGCUUGAAAGGAACUUCUGAUAUAGAUCUAGUAGAUCUGAACUAUAAAUGAUGGCCGAAGGACCUGAUCCAGUUGUUGCUGAUCUCGAGCAAGAGGUGACCUGUGGUAUCUGUCAUGACCGCUACCAGAAGCCAAAGCUGCUCCCUUGUUGUCACUACUACUGCAAACAAUGCAUCCUCACACUCUCCAGUCGCUACCGACCCAACCAGCCGUUCCCCUGCCCCGACUGUCGUGAGCCCACUCUAUUGCCAGACAACAACCCAGACAGACUGACCACUGCGUUCUUCAUCAACCGGAUGAAAGCACUCCACUCGAGGAUGGAGAAAGCCCACGGCAAGUUGGAGACUACUUGUGAAAUGUGCUCUGGGGGAAAAGCCACUGCAUUCUGCCGACAGUGUGUCAAUUUCAUCUGUGAGGAUUGUGUAAGACCUCAUCAACGUAUGAAAGUGUUUGCUACACAUAUCGUCUCUACUCUGGAACAGCUCAAACAGGGCGGAGUGAAAGAACUAACAUUCGAAAACCCACCACCCCCAAAAUGUGAAGAUCACGAGGAACUAAAAAAGAUUUUCUGUUUCGAUUGCAACAAGCUCAUCUGUCGAGACUGUAUCGUUAUUGAACACGCUGGACACAAUUACGAAUUUGUAAAGAAAGCCGCCCCCGCAACUCGCAAAAAGCUGACAGAGCACCUCUCCCCACUCAAGAACCUACUGCCUGAUCUGAGCACCGCUGUGAAUCAAGUGAAAGGAACUAAACAGAAGAUCCAGGCCCAGAAAGAGCUGACAGAGAGACAAGUGAAUGCCAAGUUCCAGGAGCUACACGAUAUUCUCGAUCAAUGCAAGGUCCGUGUUUUACGAAAAUCUUCUGUUUUAGCUGAUUCAAAGAUGGAGAAGCUGACGGUUCAAGAGAAGGGUCUGGACCUGUCCCUGGGCACUGCUCAGAGUUUGAUUGCCUUUGUAGAGCGUACACUGGAGAAUGCAAGUGAUGAAGAACUGAUUACAAUGCAAUCGCAGGUGGUGAGUCGAAUCGAUGCCGAGGUGGUGAAGCGAGGGAAGGAAGCAGCCAAUCUUGAUCCAGUAGAGAAAGAUGAUUUUGAAGUCGAAGGGUUUGUUUCUGAGGAUCUCAAGAAGUUGUGUGAGAACAACGUUUUUGUGUAUGAAGGAAAAGUGGAUCCAACAAAGUUCACUGUCGAAGGAAAUGGAGCUAGAACUGCUGAAAUUAGUACACUUAACAAUUUUUCGAUUCUUGUGGAAUGUAAUACACAAUUUAAGCAUCAUACAAUACAAGUGGCUCUAAAAUCGCUAGUUGAAGAAUCAUCUCAGCAAUUGCAAGCAGUGCCUGUGAGGGAUGGAGUGUACAGUGUUGAGUACACCCCUAGGAUACGUGGUCGACACCACCUCCUGAUCUCAGUGGACAAUCAGCCCAUCCCAGGAAGCCCCUUCUCUGUGUUUGUCAAAAUACCCCCUACGAAGCUGGACAAACCAGUAAGAGUGAUAAGAGGAAUCAACAACCCUCGGUAUAUGGCAUUCAACUCAUCAGAAGAACUGAUUGUAACUGAUCGAGACAGUGAUGUUUUGGUGUUGGACAAGAAAGGAGAACGAAUUCGAAGCAUCAGCAAAUCAAAGCAUGGGUUUAGCAAUAUCUCUGGUGUGGCAGUAGACAAGGAGGACAACAUAUAUGUCUGUGACAACGGCGAAAGUUGUGUGUACAAGUUCAACAAAAGAGAAGAUCUACUGAAGAGGUUUGGGACAAGGGGAAUUGGUCCAAAGGAACUCAACUGGCCUCGAGGGAUAGCAGUCGCUGGUGAUCAAGUGUUUGUGUGCGAUCAGAACAACCACAGAGUCCAAGUAUUAACGACAGAGCGGCUGGUCAAGCAGAUUGGUUCAAAGGGAACUGGUAAUGGACAUUUUAACGGACCAGAGGAUAUUGCAGUGGACAAUGAACAAAUGGUGUAUGUCACUGACUAUAGUAAUCAUCGUGUUCAAGUGCUCACUAUGGGUGGUCGGUUUAUUCGCUCGAUUGGAAAGAAGGGAAGUGGACAAGGAGAUCUGUCUCGCCCUCAUGGUGUGUGUGUUACUAGCUUUGUUUAUGUUGCUGAUUUUGAUAACAAUCGUGUGUCAGUGUUUACUAAAGACGGUCAGUUUGUCACAUCAUUUGGUAAUGGUCAUAUCACUUCCCAUCUUUAUGGAGUAGCUGUGGACAAUGAUGGUUUUGUGUAUGUGUGCAGUGCCGGAUCUGUUGUUAUCUUUUAGUGGCUGUCUUGCAUGACUAGUUUGCAUUUCAUAAUUACUAUUAAUUUUGUGUGUUGAGUGACAAAUCUGUGGUUGUAUUAUCUUAAUUAACCGUUUUCAAAUGUGA